AUAUCUCAAUAAUUUUCAUUUUCAGUUUCCCUAGACGUCAAAUCAAAACUCGUGUGUUUUGGAAAAGAUUAUUAUUUUUUCUUAAAUAAAAGAAAGAAAAAUCAAAAUUGUCAAUAAUGGGUCUUUCGCCAGGAGCUAAGGAACGUUUGGAAACCGUAUUUGAUGUCACCAAAACUGUUUUCCAUUUAGGAUUCAUUCCAAUGAUUCUGUAUUUAGGUUUUCGGAAGGGUGCAGAGCCUGGCAUGCCACCUCUAACCAUUUUAAGUCUUCUCUGGCAGUAAACUUAAAUUAAUAUCCUUAGAGUUAAUAACGAAAAAUACAUUAAAAACAGAAAGUUAA